AUGGUGGUAAAGUUUCACCAGCAUGUCCUGACCUUGGCGUUUGCUGUAAAUGAAAUCAACAAAAGUCCCAGAAUCUUGCCAAACAUCACUCUCGGGUUCCACAUCUAUGACAGCUACUAUGAUAUGAGGAUGACCUAUCGCACCACUUUUGAUCUAGUCUCUAAAUUGCAUCGAUAUUUUCCAAAUUAUGAAUGCGUUGCUCACAAAAAUCUAAUGGCUAUCAUCGGGGGCUUUAGCUCUGAUGUCUCUUUCCACAUGGCAGACAUCCUAAGCCUCUACAAGAUUCCACAGGAGCCAGUGACGAUCAAUGAAACAUGUACCGGGGGGGAGAGACUAGAGAGCCUUCCUGCCACUAUUUUUGAAUUGUCCAUGACAGGUCACAGUUACAGUAUCUACAACGCAGUCUAUGCUGUGGCACAUGCGUUGCAUGCCAUGCACUCAUCCAAAUCCUAUGACAGAAUAAUGGACAGUGGUCAAGGUGUGGAACAUCAUAUUCUCCAGUCUUGGCAGAUGGAGGCCAUUUCUUUGUGCAGUGACCUCUGCAACCCUGGCUACCAUAAGAAAAAGAAGGAAGGGGAGACAUUUUGCUGCUACGAUUGUGUGCCUUGCCCAGAAGGGAAGAUUUCCAGCCAAAGGGAUAUGGAUGAUUGCAUCAAAUGCCCAAGUGGCCAAUAUCCAACCAAAGACCAAGAUGGAUGUGUUCCCAAGACACCAAGCUUCUUGUCUUUUCAUGAACCUUUAGGAAUUAGUUUGGCUUCCAUAGCUAUUUUUUUAGCCCUCAACACAACUGUAGUUUUAGGAAUUUUCAUUAAGCACAAAAACACUCCUGUGGUCAAAGCCAACAACCGGGAUAUCACCUACAUACUUCUCAUUGCUCUCCUGCUCUGCUUCCUCUCCUCAUUGCUGUUCGUUGGCAAACCAACAAAGGUCACCUGCUUCCUCUGUCAAUCUGCUUUCAGCAUUAUCUUCUCAGUGGCUGUUUCUUGUGUGUUGGCCAAAACCCUCACUGUGGUUGUAGCUUUUAUGGCCACCAAACCAGGGUCCAGCAUGAGAAAGUGGGUGGGGAAACGACUGGCUAACUCAAUUAUCCUUUCCUGCUCCCUCAUCCAAGUAAGUAUUUCUAUGGUGUGGCUAGCAACCUCACCACCGUUUCCAGAUUUUGACACAGUGUCACUGACUGAAGAGAUAAUACUCGAAUGUAAUGAAGGGUCUGCCCUCAUGUUCUACCUUGUCCUGGGUUAUAUGGGGCUUCUCUCCAUCAUCAGCUUGACUGUGGCUUUCCUAGUCAGGAAGUUGCCUGACAGUUUCAAUGAAGCCAAGUUUAUCACCUUCAGCAUGUUGAUCUUUUGCAGUGUCUGGUUGUCUUUUGUUCCAACGUACCUGAGCACCAAAGGGAAAUCCAUGGUAGCUGUGGAGAUCUUUUCUAUUCUGGUGUCCAGUUCUGGCUUAUUAGGCUGUAUCUUUUCUCCAAAAUGCUACAUUAUUGUGUUGAGGCCUGAGCUGAACAGGAGAGAAGUGCUAAUAAAUAGAAAAAGAUAA